CAGGCCACUUCUAGGCAUCUCAAUUCAAGAAAAAAGUCUCAUGAACCUGCUAUCUCACUUCUUCAAAGUACCUCAGAUACAUCUUCAACUCAUCUCAAGAUCAUUCCAUAAAUACCCGCAAACCAAAAUGCCUCUUGUCGUUCCUGGAAUCAACAACACCGGUGGCGGCAAAGACGAGUGGCUUAACAAGCUCGUCGGGAAGAAGAUUAGCGAGUCGUCGGAUGCUACUUCGUUCGCCAAGAAGGAUCUCCCCGAGACUCACCGGAUUGUGAAGCCGGGUAGUAUGCAGACGAUGGAUCACAAACCGGAAAGGUUGAACAUCCACGUCGAUGAGAACGACAACGUCCGUGAUGUGAACUACGGCUAGACGCUUACGAUAGUUGUAUGAUACAAUAAUACUACUGAUGCUACGGG